GUAUUACAGUGCACACAAUCUUUCAAAACUGUCCGCUGUCACUCGUUAAAGUGUUUUAAGGCUUUGGAAACUGUAGCUAUGUUGUUUGGUGGAGCAUUUUGGAUUUCUCAGGCUCCAAAUUGUAACGAUCAAGUAAAAUCUCUCUGAUUGGUUAGAGGCAGGUGCUGCUCACGAUGAGACCAAUCAGAGGAGAGAAGGGGGAGCGCAAGGAGUGUGUCUGUGUUAUAAUGUGUUAUAAUAAAGAAGAAGAAGAAGAAAAAAAAAUCGCUGGCUCCCCCCUCCUGACGUCAAAGUAGGAAAUCAUUGUAGAACAUCAACUGGGGAGGAUUUCUACCCAAAAAAAAGAGGGAGAGUUGAUGUCGAGGAGUUAGAAAGCUCAGAAAGCGCAACUUUUUCGAGAGAGAAAGAGAACGAGAUAUAGAGAGACAGAUCGAGAGAGAGAGAGAGGGAGGGAGAGAGAGAGAGAGAGAAGAGAGAGAAAGAGAAAUAAAGUUCAGGCACCAGUGCAAAAGGACGUGGAGCUACACAAGACCCAGCUGCUUUUUACAGAUUUCAUACAGAAAGCAAGCGCAUCCUGGGAGACUUCAUGUGCAUCACAAGCUUCUAUACAUCUUAACAAACUUACAAGGAUUUUUGUUUUCCGGUUUGUGUUUCUGCCUUUAGGUGUGUGCUGCGUUAAGCACAAAAAACAAAACACUUUAGUGCAUUUAAUUGGCGAGGAUUAAUAAAUAGGUUGCGCACUUUUUUUUGUUUUGUUUCUGAAGCAUCAAUUCGCGUUUAAUUCCAUCUAAAUUGCAUACGGCAUAAGUCUUCUGAUUCUUCUUCCUUUUUUAAUGAAUUGAUGGGGAAGAAACUCCCUGUUAUGCAGACUCCUUAAAUCAACCUCGACUUUUAUGUUUUUUUUUUUCUUUCUUUUUUUAAAUGUUUUAAUGUCAUGGAAGGAUCCAGCGCGUCCAGUUUUGGAAUAGACACCAUUUUAUCUUCCGCCGGUUCCUGCAGCUCGGCGCUCGCGAUGAUGGACGGAGACUUCCGGGCGGCGGAUUUCCGGAGCCGCGCGACACCUUCGCCCUGCUCGGAUGUAGACGCGGGCGCGAGGAGCCCUUCGUCCCCGAUCUCCGUCACUGCAGAGCCUCCUGAACCGCAUCCGGUGCAAGACGGCCUUCAUCAUCAUCUCCAUCAUCACCAUUAUCAUCCGGCGGCCCAAAAUCCGGCCGCGUGCGCUCCGCGGACCGCCACCUCCUCUUUUUUGAUCAAGGACAUUCUGGGCGACGGGAAGCCGCUGGCAGCGUGUGCGCCCUACAGCGCGAGCCUCGCACCCUCCCCGCAGCACCAGCGUCAGCAUCAUCACACUCCGAAAGCAGAGAGCGCGGACUGUCUCACCCCAAAAGCGGAGCACGACGAGCACGGAGGCAAGGCAGAAAAAAGAGAGGACAUUCACAACGACACCAAAUGCAACGGAACAAAAGAAGAGGGUGAUCGGGAAAUCUCGAGCUCCAGAGACAGCCCGCCUGUACGCGCUAAAAAGCCGCGGAAAGCGCGAACAGCCUUUUCGGACCAUCAGCUGAACCAACUGGAGCGCAGCUUCGAGCGCCAGAAGUACCUGAGUGUGCAGGACCGCAUGGACCUGGCAGCAGCGCUCAACCUCACCGACACACAGGUCAAGACCUGGUACCAGAACCGACGGACGAAGUGGAAGCGGCAGACGGCGGUGGGUUUGGAGCUGUUGGCGGAAGCGGGCAGUUACUCGGCGCUGCAGCGGAUGUUUCCGUCACCGUAUUUCUACCCGCCGGGGCUCCUCGGCUCUGUGGACGGAACAGCAGCGGCGGCGGCGGCAGCAGCAGCGAUGUACAGCAGUGUUUAUCGGAACAGCGCACCGGCGCCACAUCCCGCAGCUACUCUGCACAGACCGCUCGUGCCGCGCGUGCUAAUUCACGGCCUGGGCGCGAGCGGGCAACCGGCGCUCAACCCGCUGGGGAACCCUGUUCCUGGCACGCCGCAUCCUCGGUAAAAAAA